AUGCAAGCGAAAAAACGAUAUUUAUUAGUUUUAUUAAGUUGCGCAUUUUUAGCUUAUUGUUAUUUCGGUGGUUAUCGUUUAAAAAGCAAGUCGGAAAACUUGGAAUCUCUCAAGUCUUUCACCGACAUCAACGAUCAAGUCUACGAUAAAGACUUGAGUGGUAACGUGUACCAAAGAAGAAAAUUGUGGCCGAACGAUAUCGAUGGGAAAACGAUAAAGGAAAAAUGUCGAAUGGAAACGUGUUUCGAUUAUUCAAAAUGUGAAAAAAAUGGUUUUAAAAUUUACGUUUAUCCUCAAACGGAUGAAUCUGGCAUUCCGCUGCCUCUCGUGCCAAGUGCUUCCUACCAGAAAAUAAUAAACGUUAUUAUCGAGUCGAGAUAUUAUACAUCGGAUCCUAGUCAAGCGUGUUUGUUCGUAUUAGCCAUUGACACAUUAGAUCGAGAUUCAUUGAGUAAUGAUUACGUUCGGAAUUUGCCUCUUAGAAUACAAAAAUUGCCUUAUUGGAACAAAGGACGAAAUCAUGUUAUUUUUAAUUUAUAUUCGGGUACGUGGCCGGAUUACGCGGAGGAAAAUCUCGGGUUCGAUUACGGUUUUUCCAUAUUGGCAAAAGCGAGCAUGAGCACGGUACAUUUUCGUCCAAAUUUCGACGUGAGCAUUCCUCUUUUUCAUAAAAAUCAUCGCGAGAAAGGCGGGGAAAGUGGUUAUGUGUCGUCUAAUAAUUUUCCCGUGAUAAAAAAAUACGUUUUGGCAUUUAAGGGAAAACGUUACGUUCACGGAAUCGGGUCGGAAACGAGGAAUAGUUUGUAUCACCUUCAUAACGAAAAAGAUAUGGUUCUAGUCACAACGUGUAAACAUGGUAAGAGCUGGAAGGAAAUGAAGGAUGAAAGAUGCGAUGAGGAUAAUCAAGAAUACGACAGAUACGAUUACGAAGUGCUUUUACAAAAUUCAACUUUUUGUCUGGUGCCUAGAGGUCGAAGGUUAGGUUCGUUUAGAUUUUUAGAAGCUCUUCAAGCAGGGUGCAUACCCGUUUUACUAUCAAACGGUUGGGUUUUGCCUUUUCAAGAAGUCAUAGAUUGGACGAAAGCUGCCGUUUGGGCAGACGAAAGAUUACUAUUACAGGCAAUAGUUCCCGACAUCGUUAGAUCCAUUAGUGCCACUAAAAUAUUCGAAAUGCGUCAACAAACCCAAAUACUAUGGGAUAGAUAUUUUUCAUCCGUUGAAAAAAUCGUUUUCACAACGUUGGAAGUUAUAGGAUCGAGGCUGGGAUUUGAUUAUUCACGGGAUGGAAUAAUGUGGAAUUGGCCGCCUGGUGCCCUGGUAUCCCUUCCAAAUUUUUCAGAUACUCUAAAGAAUUUUCCUUUUUAUACUCGAAUGUUUCAAAUGAGUCCUGGAGAUUCGGGUCUGACGGCUGUUAUUUACGUUACCAGAGGUGGCAUCCUUUCAGCCACUAAUCCCUUGUACAAAUUAAUCAAAAAUAUAUCCAAAAGUCAAUUCGUUGCACGGAUUAUUAUACUCUGGUGUGCCGAAAAACCGCCUCCUCCGCGGAAAAAAUGGCCCCAAAUAUCCAAACAUAUCCCAUUUUAUCCUCAUCCCUUAAUUCAAACUUCGGCCAUAUUGAGUCUAGACGAAGACACCGUCCUAACAACGGAUGAAGUCGAUUUUGCUUUUCAAGUUUGGAUUAAUUUCCCGGAUAGAAUCGUCGGGUACCCAGCCCGGAGUCAUUAUUGGGACGAUUCAAAGAAUUCUUGGGGAUACACGUCAAAAUGGACAAACGAUUAUUCGAUAGUAUUAACGGGAGCCGCCAUUUAUCAUAGAUAUUACAAUUAUUUAUACACUCAUUGGUUGAGUCCGCUUCUUCAUAAGACUGUUGAACAGAGUCAGAAUUGCGAAGACAUUCUAAUGAAUUUAUUAGUGGGUCACGUGACUCGAAGACCAAAUAUUAAAUUGACUCAGAGGAAACAUUACAAGGAACAAAAUGCCGGACGACAAAGAUCUCCAUGGAAUGAUCCAGAUCAUUUUAUUCAACGUCAGACUUGUCUGAACACAUUUGCUGCCGUUUUCGGUUACAUGCCGCUACUCCGCUCAAACAUGAGACUUGACCCUGUUUUGUUUAAAGAUUCCGUCUCAAAUCUACGUAAAAAAUAUAGGCAAAUUGAAUUGGUCGGAUCCGGAAGCUAG